CUAUUAUGUUGUUGAUUUUGUUUUUUAAAACUUUAAAUUAAUGGUAUGCAAUCUAUAUUUAUUAAUUUAUCUCCAGUCUCAACUAUUACAAUCCACGAUCAAUCAUUUUGAUAUAAUAAGUAAAUAAAUAUAUGAUUUAUUAAUUUAUCACUUUCUUUCGUGUAUUCACUAGGAAAUACUAAUUAGAACCAUGAAUUUGAUGUAGUGUUUGGUACUAUAAUAUGUAUAUUCGAUUUUCCUGGACCAUGUGGCAUAUCAAUAUCAGGUAACCAUUACCAGCAUUAUGACAAUGAUCGAGUUUAACUAGAAUGAAAUAAGGAAUGCAUAUUUAUCAUAUUAUAUGCCUAAGCUUUUAAGUUAGUUAAAUUAUGGAAUUUUCAAAAAAUAUGAACUAUCAUAAUGACAAGUUUUCCAUUUCAGAAAGCUGGAAUCUAUUGUUUCUGCCCUGCAGUUUAAAUAAAAUUUACGUUUCAAUAUUCGAUUCUAUGUUAUAAUAUUGAAUAUUUUUUUUGGUUUUUGGUCUGGUUUUUACAGGUAAAAAAACCACUGAAAUUAAUGAUAAAUCAGAGAAUGUAAACAAAAAACUAUUCUAAGAGGAGACGGUUUGGUGUCAGAAUAUAUUUCUAAGGAUGUUUUAUAAUGUAUUUUUGUUGCUGUUGGUAAUUUAUUUUUCUAUAAGUACCUACCUAAUACAGUAAGUUAAACUACUUUUACUUAAAACAAAUCUCAUUUAAUUAGGCAUAAUUUAAUGUGUUGAUAAUGUUGAUCAACUAAUUAGUUUUCGUUUAUUUUGCAAUUUCCUGGCGUCUAAAUGAAUUAGACAUACUUAUUUUGGUUUUUUAAAUUUAAAUUUAGAAUUAGUAAUUCAUGUAAUUUAUUAUAGAUGCUCAAUGCUUGGAUGUCUAAUAGUAAUUCUAAUGUAUUGUAACGAAUAAUGAUAUUCACAUUAUUACUCCAUAAGACUUCAUAAAUUAUAUCAUAAUGUUAACAUUAAAUUAAACUCUUAAACCUAAUAAAAUAACUGUACCAUAUACUUUACUAUAACCGAAAUUAUGUAUAAUAUGUAAAACACUUAAGAUUAUUAACACUUAUUCAUUGUAAUUAAUGUGAAAAAAUGUGCGUCAACAAUAACACAUUUUGUACCUACCUAUGUACCUUUCUAAAUAAACAACAACAAGUGCGACUGAUCAAUGAUAUAAGGAGAACCCAAUUUCGAUAUUACAAUCAGUGUGUUCCCAGCAUCAUCGUCUGUCUCAUACACCGUACUCAGCUUACAUCAGUUUCAUCUAUAGAAAAAUAGCUACAAAAAUCAUGAAUUACACCAUGCAUAUUUUUGGUUUGGUUUUACUUGCCACAGUGGUUUUAUCAUCGACAAUCCGACAAAAAUCUAUUACACAACCAACAGCUGUCGGCAACUUGGAAUCUGAAUUGCAGUCUUCGACGGCGCUCAAAUCAACGACCGUUUUGAAGACUACAACACUGCCGGAUAAAAAUAGAGAUGAAAAAUGUAUCUGCACACCUUAUUAUAUGUGCAAAAGCUAUAAUUGGACUGUAGAAGUCAACAAACGUCGUAAUUUAAGCAUUAACUCAGCUCCGUGUCAAAAUGAUAUGGACAUUUGUUGCAAUGAUACUAAAAUUACUUCGACCGAAAAAUAUAAGUCAAGUAGCCCUGAUACUAUAGAUAGUAACUGCAAAUGUAUUGGCUCAGAAGAUUACAGCGAAGACACGAAUCUUUUUCUUACAGAAUUAACUUUAGAGCUUUUCGGUGACAAAAAAGUAACUAAAAAGCCAUCCGUCGGUCAAAAAGAUGAAUCUGCUAAGAAGCCAUUUGAAGGUCAAAUAGGAGGUUACACUACAGAACCAUGCAAUUGCCAAAAAGGAGAUUCUACUAAUAAGCCCUUUGAAGUCUUAUAAUUACUUUUUUAAAAUUUAAACGUUGAAUAUUAUGAUAUAAUACAUACAUUUUUUUUAUUUAAUAUUUAAAAUUUAUGAUCAAAGGCAAUAAGUAAUAUUUAUUGUAUAAAACAACGUACAAGGCUUGACGGUUUGAGUGAAGGAGGCCUCCAAUAACGCUACUUCAACUUGAUUUGAUUUGUAUAGCUUGUUUUUUUAGAACAUUAUUUGUUUAGGAAGUCAUGUGGCCAAUUACACGUUGACACAACAUAUCUAAUAUACAAAAACAAAAUAUAUUAAAUCCUUAAAGGGUUGCUUAUAAAAUUUUAAUAAUUAUUAGCAUAACAUGUUAUUUUGUUGAAACUUUGAAUUAGUUCUACCUAUAACAUCUUUUCACACAAUUUGUCUGAAGUAAGUGUCAACUUAAUAAAUCACAGACAAUCGUGACAUAAUUUUCAUUUAAGUUCUAAAUUAAUGUAUAAUUUAUAAUUUUCUUUUAUGUACUAACUAGUAAAUAUUAAGUAGAACUAUGAAUUUGAUAUAGUGUUGACUGUUGCCUGUUGGACACAAUGCUCUAUUUCCCUGUACUAUAAGGCAUAUUGUUUUCAUUUUUGUCAUGUUGUUUUGGCCCCAAUUCCUGCAUCCUGACAAUGAUUGAGUAAGUGUAAUUAGAUUUAAGUAAGGGGAAUAUGUAUUUUAUCAUGAUAUAUGCUUAAACUUUAAAGUCUAUUAAACUAUACAGUUUUCAUAAAAUAUAAACUAUAAUAAGGACAAGUGUUAUUUCCAUUUCAAACCUAACCAUGUUAUACGAAAUUAACGAAUCUAUUAAUUAAUAAUUUCUGUAUUAUAUAAUAUAUUUUUUUAAUUUCCAUAAGUUAUUUAUACCUAAAACAACAGUUUUAUUAUUACAAAUUACUAAAAUAAGACUAAAAUUGUGUAUAUUAAGUAUUUAUUUAUUAAGUAUCAAUUGUACCUACCUUUUAGUUAACUUCGCUAUGACGAAAGUGGUAUAAUGGAACUCUAUAGACAAUUUGUAAAAAUGUGUUAAAUUCAAUCUAUCGAAAUGUGUUAUUUGUAUAGCAAUAAAAUAUACUUGGCAGACA